GAGGCUUACUUCCUUUUGUCAGAUUUGUGUCGGGGUGUCUAGUAGGCUUCCUGACAUUGUUUUGGUUUUCAUGUCCUCAUAGAGAGAGCAGUUAUCCGCAGAGGCCGGGCAAAGGCUUGUCUGGACACAUCAUGCGUUAUGCAGAUUCACUGACAUAAAUACACGGAGAAGGCAUACCCCUGUGAUCUGACAGGCUCAGCUGCUCCCUCCCAGUAAACACAAGCCGUCCCCGGACCCGGAUCGGCUGAGUGAGCUGGCAGUCCGGAGAGGAGCUGUGAGGGACUGCAGAAGGACUCAAAGGAAAACAGGAGGGAGGGCGCAGAAACUCCCAGUGUUAGACGGGAGUCUAACAGUCUUUGCAGGACGCGGUGAAUGGAAUGAAUUCAGGGUACGACCCGCCGCGGAGGGAAAACUUAGAGACCUGCUCCAUGGGAUGGAAAAUGAUGGAGGACAAAGGCCCUCGUGUUGCAGACUACUUCGUGGUGGCUGGCCUGACGGAGUCGUCCAAGCCCCUGGAUGAGGAGAUCCACUUUGAUGACGUGUGCCACAAGACAGCCCGGCCCAAAGCCCCCAUCACAGAUGUUGCCGUGGUGAUGCGCUCCCUUGGAGAGGAGGUUCCUCCAGGCUACAUCUGUGUGGAGACCACGCCCUCGGGGCUGUCGGCCGAUCUCAACAGCGGGAGCCUCAUGGGGCCCCAGGUCUUCCUCUGCUACCGUAGAGGCCGGGACAGACCGCCCCUGACCGACCUCGGUGUGCUGUUUGAGUGGAAGGAGCGGCUGAAGCAGGGCUGCCAUGUCAUCCAGAUGACGCCCUCUGGUCGGUCCGCCAACAUCAGCAGCACGUCAUCACAGCGCAUUUACAUCACGUACCGGCGUGCUCUAGAUGGCGCCGCCCACGCCCCGCUGGCUGUCACCGACAUCUGCAUCAUCAUCCCCAGCAAGGGCGAGACACCCCCCCACACCUUCUGCAAGGUGGACAAGAACCUGAACAGCAGCAUGUGGGGCUCCUCAGUUUACCUGUGUUAUAAGAAGUCUGUGGCUAAAACCAACACUAUUGCCUACAAAGCAGGCCUGCUCUGCAGGUACCCCGAGGAGGACUACGAGUCCUUCCCGCUGCCCGAGUCCGUGCCUCUCUUCUGCCUGCCCAUGGGCGCCACCAUUGAGUGCUGGCCGUCCCAGACCAAGUACUCCCUCCCCAUCUUCUCCACCUUCGUCCUGACGGGGGCUUCGGGGGAGAAGGUGUACGGAGCUGCUAUUCAGUUUUACGAGCCGUACCCUCAGGAGCAGCUGACGGAGCGGCAGCGGCAGCAGCUGGGCCUGGAUGUGGCCAGCGAGCAUGUACCCGCAGCCACCCGCUCUACACACACCAACAAGUGCAUCUGCCUGCUGUCCCACUGGCCGUUCUUCGACGCUUUCCGGAAAUUUCUCACCUUCCUGUACCGCUACUCCAUCUCCGGGCCCCAUGCCCUGCCCAUCGAGAAGCACAUCUCGCACUUUAUGCACAAGGUGCCCUUCCCUUCAUCCCAGAGGCCCCGCAUCCUGGUGCAGCUGUCCCCACAUGACAGUCUGAUGCUUAGCCAGCCGGUGUCCUCGCCACUGCCUCUCAGUGGAGGGCGGCUUUCCACGCUCCUACAGAACUUGGGCCCUGAGAAUGCCGUCACCCUGCUGGUGUUUGCCGUCACCGAGCACAAGAUCCUGGUGCACUCACUGCGGCCGUCCGUGCUGACCAGCGUGACAGAGGCUCUGGUGUCGAUGAUCUUUCCCUUCCACUGGCCGUGCCCCUAUAUCCCGUUGUGCCCGCUGGCUCUGGCUGAUGUGCUCAGCGCCCCAUGCCCCUUCAUCGUGGGUGUGGACUCCCGCUACUUUGACCUUUACGACCCCCCGCCAGAUGUCAGCUGUGUGGACCUCGACACCAACACCAUUUCCCACAAUGACGAUAAGAGGGGCCUGUUGUGGAAGGUCCUGCCGAAGAAGGCCUGUAAGAACCUGAUGAACACCCUGAACAACCUCUACCAGCAGCUGGCUGAAGGCUGUCAGAGACCUCGAGAGGAUGGCCUCAUGGAGCUGGCCAUGAGUGACUAUGACUUCAGCAGCGGGAAGAGUCUUCAGAGUCUGGAGAUGGAGAUCCAGGAGGCCUUCCUGCGCUUCAUGGCAGCCAUCUUGAAGGGAUACCGCUCGUACCUGCGACCCAUCACCCAGGCACCCUCAGAGAAGGCCACAGACGCCAGCUCCCUGUUCGACCUGCAAGGUUUCCUGAAGAGCCGCGACCGCUCCCACCAGAAGUUCUACUCCCUCAUGACGAAGACCCAGAUGUUCAUCCGGUUUAUCGAGGAAUGCUCCUUCGUCAGCGAUAAAGAUGCAAGCUUGGCAUUCUUCGAUGAUUGUGUGGACAAGCUGUUCAACACAGAGCGCAGCGCCGACAGAGGAGUCAAGGUGGACAGCGACCGGCCAGAGGAAGCGCGGCUGAUCGAGCUGGACGAAUCCCACCGCAGUGAGCAUACAGUCUUCAUCACCCCCCCAGAGAUGCCCCCCCUGCCAGAGGGUGAGGAGUACCCUCUGUGCUACAGCUACAGCGGCUUCCCUGUGUUAAGGCCGGAGCUCUUUGAUCCAUUGGAGGGGCUGAGGACCCCUGCCUCUCGCGUAGCUUCGCGACACAGCUGCCCCACAAGUCCCGCUCCCAUGUUCCGCCGAACCAAGCAGGAGAUCAGAUCAGCACAGAAGAUUGCAAAGAAGUACUCCUCCAUUCCCCAGAUGUGGUCCAGAUGCUUGCUGCGGCAUUGCUAUGGGCUUUGGUUCAUCUGCCUGCCUGCCUACGUCAAGGUGUGCCACUCCAAGGUGCGGGCACUACGCACAGCCUACGACGUGCUUCGGAAGAUGCAGGCCAAGAAGCUGCAACCCCCAGACGAGGUAUGCUACCGGGUUCUGAUGCAGCUCUGUGGACAGUACGGACAACCUGUGUUAGCUGUGCGAGUUCUGUUUGAGAUGAAGAAGGCUGGAGUCCAACCAAAUGCAAUCACCUACGGUUACUACAAUAAGGCUGUUUUGGAGAGCACCUGGCCCUCCAGCACGCGAGGGGGCUACUUCCUUUGGAUGAAACUGAGGAACGUGGUUUUGGGUGUGACUCAGUUCAGACGGGCACUGAAAAAGCAGCAGUCUAACCCAGCGCAGACCCCCCUGUCGGAUGGCAGCGACCUGGACGCCGUCAGUCACGGCAGCCUGGAUAGCUCUAAUGACACUAACAUGGUGGAGCAGGCCCCGUUCGGCACUGACCCAAUCAAAGUAGAUUCUGCUGAUGAUAGAUCUAGCACAGGGGGCCAGUCUGACCUGGGUUACAACUCCCUCUCUAAAGAAGAAGUGCGAAGAGGGGAAGGUGGUCUGCAGGACAGGACGCUGGAGAAGGAGGACUCCAGCUCCCUGUCUGAGAGCGAGAGUGCCAAGGACAGCGGAGACUGCCUCCCGCCGCUGGACUUCCCUGAUGUCAGUGGCCCGUUCCAACCUCGUGCUGGCAUCGUCCGUAGCAACUGUCCCUAUGACAACACAGCCAAAGAAUCUGACGCCAGCACCGACCAUGUGGCUGGGCUGCUCUUCACUUCCUCGCUGGACGACAUCGGGCUCAUCCAGAGCAGUAGCCUCCGCAGGCGGCACAGGAGUGCCAUGGAGGAGGGCCAGAGACGCUUGGACUGGCCUGGGGUCAGAGGUCGCAGCCUGAGCGGAGACACCGCAGGGGGCAUGGUUCUGGGCCUUGGCAUGACCCGGGGCAAAACGGACCCUCUCAGGAUUGCCGAGAAUCUGGGCGCAGACGCCAGGAUUCUCUCAGGAACAUUCCAGAAGAGCACAAGGCCCAACUCUUUGAACCUUGGCAUGCGGGAAGGGGGGCUCAAGAGCAGCCACAAAGAAAGUGGGGAGAGGGAUUCCAGCGACGAGGAGAAGCCAGACACUGCUGCCAUCUUCGACCUGGAGGACCUGGACGAGGAGACGAGCAGAGAGGCCACAGCGGGUGGUGCCCAGGCUGGCCAUAAUAGGGCCACAGAGCCCUGCCUGAGCAGUGGCAGCACCACAGGCUGUGUGACUAAGAGGUUGGGCAUUGAGACGGGCUUCGACCCACUAUCCCUGUUCGCAGCCCAAUCAGAAGAGCAGGACUCGGGGGGAGGUGAACCAAGCACCCCCACGGCCCGACGCAACCUGGCCGAGGAGAUCGAGAUGUACAUGAACAACAUGGGCAGCCCUCUAAGCAGCCGAGCUCCCAGCAUGGACCUGCAGGAUGCCUGCAGCCCCCAGCUCCCGGGCAACUCCUCGUCACGUCGUUCCAGCCUGCCCCAGGGCUCCCCGCGGCCUCCCCCCAUGCCCCGCUCACGCACCUGCCACCAGCGCCCCCGUGAUCGCCUCUGGUCUUCACCCACCUUCUCACAGGGCAGCAGCCCCCUCAGGGACAGGGAGCCUCCUGCCUCCCCCUCAUCGUUCGCCCUGGACACACUUCUCACCCCCACUCUGGACGUCUUUAAGAGCAGCGUCUUCUCCGCGGGGAAGGGGGUGGCAGAAAAAGCCAGUCGCUGGUACUCCCGUUUGGCCACCUACACCACACCCAGCAAGGAUACAAACUACGACCACAUGAGCGUCUCAUCCUUGGGUAUGGGGGACACAGACCGAAUCUCCCUCAUGGAUGAGGAGUCUUACCUGGAAGCUGAGGUCCUAGGACCCAGCUCACCACAACGGAAUGGUGUUUCAGGCCCAAAGAGGAGCCCUCACAGGACACGAGCGGAGAGCCCUGCACCGCAGCUCAGCUCAGGCACAAAGCCUCUCCACACAGGCUGCGUUCCACCUCCGUCCAGCUUUACUCUUCCAGACAAAUCGGAACUGGAGUUUUCGCAGUACACAAGCAAUACCAGCAUCUUUCAGAACUACGCUAUGGAGGUGCUGAUCUCCAGUUGCUCCCGCUGCAAGACCUGCGAGUGUCUGGUUUACGACGAGGAGAUCAUGGCCGGAUGGACGGCUGAUGACUCCAACCUCAACACCACCUGCCCCUUCUGUGGCAACCCCUUCCUACCUUUCCUCAACGUGGAGAUCCGGGAUCUCCGUGGUCCUGGCAGGUUUUUCCUAAAAAGCAGCCCGUCUGCAGAGGAAGCUGUGUCCUCGUCCUACUCGGUCUCCACAGGCCUGGGUACAGGGACGUCCACGCUGUCCACUCCCUGUCCCACCCUGACCAUGUCUCCACGGUCACCCCAAAUCACAAUACAUGGUUGCCCUGGCAACAACAGGAGCAGCUCCCUUGGGUAUUCCGUGGCCCACUGUGUCGAAAUCCCGACAGAGCGACGCCAGGGUGCCCUGUCUCCAGAGCCUACCAUGGUGCGCAGUGUCAGCGCCUUCGGAGCCCUGGAGGAGCCAGUCCGCACCAGCCGCUACAUCACAGGCAGCCUGCCCUGCCGGCUCAACGAAGUCACGGAUCCCUUGAGCAUGGAGUGGCGUCUACACAACCCAGACCCAGUGACAGUGCCCUAUCUGAGCCCACUGGUGCUCUGGAAGGAGCUGGAGAGCCUAUUGGAGAACGAGGGGGACCAGGUGAUCACUGUGUCGGACAUGGUGGACCACCAUCCCAUAAUUUUCUGGAACCUGGUGUGGUACUUCCGUCGACUGGACCUGCCCAGCAACCUGCCUGGCCUCAUCCUGACCUCAGACCACUGCAACCGUGGGUCCCAGAUUCCUCGGCACUGGAUGUCUGAAGACAGCAAACAUGUGCUGAUCCAGAUCCUAUGGGACAACCUGAAGCUACAUCAGGAUCCCACACAGCCGUUCUACAUCCUGUGGAACACGCACCGCCUAAAUCGUACUCUUUUAAUUAAGAAUCUGAACUACCCAGUGACCUGGCCGCUAAGGGAGGAGGAAGAUGAACACGUGGGGAAGGAGCUGCUGCAGAGUGUAGUGAAGAGUAUCCAGAAGAACGAUGUGUACCGACCCAUGAGCCAGGUCCUGCAGCUGGUUGGCCAGAAGCUGGGUGUCCGUAGGCAAAGGAGUUUGUACAGAGAGAUCCUUUUCCUGUCUUUGGUGGCAUUAGGCAAGGACAACAUUGACAUCGAUGCAUUUGACCGGGAAUACAAGAUGGCUUACGACCGUCUCACGCCCAGCCAAGUCAAGCUGACGCACAACUGUGACCGACCACCCAGUGUUGGGGUGAUGGAGUGCCGCAAGAUCUUUGGAGAGCCGUACUUGUGAGCCAUGUCUCUGUCUCUCCACCCAACACCUACAACACUAGCAUCCCAAGACUGCAAGGUCCUCAUCAGUGCGGCCUGCUGAAUGGGUGGAGAUCACUUUGGGACAUCACAGCAGUAAGACGGCACCCAAUGUAUAGUUCCCCCAACUUGGACAGGGUGGCCUCCUCCAUGAAGAAUGGAUAUGUGCCACCAGAGUCAUGUGGAGUACCAGCCUAUAGGCCUGUCACACAUGCAGCCUGAAAACAACACCUGGCACCAACCGGUGAUUUCCAGAAGACCCCAUACCAGACCACUGCCCACACUAGGAGGGCUUGUGCAAAAAAAGACGCUCAGGAAAUAAGAGGUGGAAAGAAGCAAGACAGCGUAGUGCCCCUGGUAACAAACUGAUAGCAGGGGCCCUGUGUGUUUUUACUGCCCCGGGAUAGGGUUCGAGCAGGCAGUAAAGCGGAUUCUGUAGCAAUUACCAUUAACAGGAAAUAGGUACCUCGGACAAGAGCAGCCUUCUAGAAUUUACUGAACACUAUUUAGUAAAAAAAGAACAGAACAUUUAUGGUCACGUUUCUUGGUUAUAAUGUGGUACUUUUCAAAAACCUAUUUAGAUUAUGUUCUAUACAAUGAAUAUGUCCUGUACAUACUUUUUAAAACAUUUGUAUUAUAUAUUCAUACAUUGAGACUAAUACUGACAAUAUGUCACUUGUAUUCUAUUUAUAAAAAUGCACCAUUAUUUAUUUAUGUCUGCUGUAGCGCUUAAGCCCAGUUUUUACUAUGUGGUGGUUUACUUUCAAACGUGUGUGUGUGUGUGUUUGUGUGUGUGUGCGUGUGUGUGUGUGUUGGUUAUUAGGGAGGCCUUGUCUUACUAGAGAGUACUGUAAUAACGCCUGUAUGUCUACCUGAACCAUCUGAGGGUUUGAUGGUUUGUGACACUGCAUCAGAGGAGACCCACUUAAGGACUGGAAAAUCUACUUGUACUGUAUACUGUAUAUGUAGAGUCAAAUUCCAUCCUUUUUAGGAGGGACCUAAUUUUUCAGGGCCCACCCAAGCGGAAUAUAAGGACUGGAAUACUGAUGAUCUAACAUUUAAAGGAUAUAUUUUAAGUAUUUUUAACACAUUUAUGAAUUGGAGUGGCUCAUCAUUAAAGGUACCUCUUAAAACUAUAUAUAGAUUACCAGUUGAAAUCGGCAUUAGAAAUGUGGCUGCAUUUUAAUUAAAUACGGAGAGAUAUGAAUGGGUGUUAGUGAAUUUUUCAGUGAGGACUAACGGAGUUUAUGCUGAGGCACCCAGUCGUGUUACCUGAAACAAAGGAUGGUGUCUGUCUCCUCCUCCCAAGCGUCAGUUAAUGGCCCUCUCCGGUUUUCGCUCCGGUCUCCUCCGUGUAAGCAGACUCUGUCAACCGGUCUGGAUUAGUUACACCAUGUGCAGUUUAGGGUUCUGAUUGUUCAGCUGCCUAAAAUGGCGUGAGUUGUUUGCUGGAUAUGGAGUAUUUCUUUAAAACGCGUGUGAACGGUUUUUUAUAACGGUUUCACUGUGCCUGUCUUUCGUUAGUUUGUAGAGAAAUGCUUUACCAGUUGUAAUCCCAGCGCGUAUACUGCCCAUUAGAAAACCAAAAACCGAUUACCCGAAAACGGUACAUCGAGGCUGUGCGUACGUGUCAGUGUGCCUGUCUACAUGUAUAUAUUUGUUUUCAUUUGCGCGUUUUAAAGUAGUUAUAAAUCGUGGUUUAAAAUAAUCGUCAAUUGCGGCAAUAAUGCGGCAAUUAAUUCUAAAUCUGAGGUGGUACAGCUUCGUGCUGCCUCUGCCCGGCUUUCCAUUAAAUUAAAAAUGGGUGUUAUUUCUAUAUCCACAGCAGUGUACGUAGUGAGACCUCCCUCUGCUGCGAGAUGUGAAAUGGCGCGACCGCCUAACUGUGAAAUACGCCGGAAGCGGUAACCCUGCUCCAUUUAUCAAAAUGGCGGGGAAAUAACGGACGUUUCACGCGCCAGUCUCCAUCUCAUACGGCGAUGCCACGGUUACCGUGCCCAGCCUCUGCCUACCCUGCCGCUGCGGCCCAGUCAUUAACGGCGGCUGGGGGGCCCUCUGCGUCCUGCCUGUUUGGGGGUCACUAGUGCGUUAAACUGUAUUUACAUGGUUAAUUAUUAUGCAUCCAAACGUUUAUUUAAAAAGUAACAAUAGUAACACUUUAGGUUUUCUUCCAUAUUAUAUUAAUAUUCAUACAUAUCCAUUAAUUUCUCGGAGCGAGAAAUGUGCAUAAUAAGAAAAAACGGCCAUAUAUCCAUAUACAGUGUUACUAAGCAUCACACGUUUUCUCUAUAAAUAAUUAAUAUAAAAUAUAGGCAUACGUAUAUAACUGUUCAUACACACCUGUACAUGUGUACAAUGGUGUAAACUGAAAAGGAAUUUGUUUGUAAAAUAGCUUCUCGGUUAGUCGUUCAUUUUAAUUAAAUUAACGGUAAUUCGCUUUGGAUCAGGAUCUUAGAAAACACCAUCUCUUUAUGUUAUCUUGGAUUAAAACAGCAUGACUUCCGAACCCGCUGGUAUAAGCUUACAUAAUUGUCAGUUUUCACAAACUGUGUAUGUUACGUCCUUCUGUACAGUGUAAGGAACUAGCAGUUAGCUUGUCCCACCAUGACAAAUCAUGAUGGUAUUUUCCAAAUAUCAAGUAAACCUCUGCUGAAUUUUUGUGAAAUUGUGAAGAAGCACUUCCACUUGUAAAAUACUAAUUUUGAAGCUCUGUGUUUUUUACCAUAUGGGUAUUAUAAACGAGAACUAGCUGUGCCUUGUGUUUGGCUUUGGAGUGGUACAGUCCAUAGGAGAGCUCACAGGAUAUAUGGACAUGCCUAACUGGUAAUUGACAUUUCUAACUGGUUGGCAUGAUGGCAUGCUGGUCACUAACAGAAAGCCUCUGUCAGUGACAGCUGGCCAUUUAUGCCCCUGUCACACUGCGCCCUGCCCGUUGCGGAGCCCUGUGCUGAAAGUCUUGGGGGUCACCGGACUCCCAGACACCCUACUCCGUGUUUCCAGAAAAUUCACACCGUUAAAAUGCAGAUGUGCAUUUGCAGUGAAGGUUUCAGUUUCCAUUGAUCACCUGCCCUAUACAGUAGUGAAUAUGGACCAUUCUGAAAUCACAAUUUAUUUUUUUUGUCAUAGACUUUGCUCUUUGAUAGUUUUGUGAUGCAGGUCUCAUGAAGUUUCAACUGGACAUGUUGAAAGAUGUAGCUUUACGUGAUUGCAGAGCCUGAACUCACUGACCCACAUCAGGCAUUUUGUCUAACAAUGGUCAGUAGCUUCUGGUCAGUGUCAGUCUCAACGCACUGAACGGUUCUCCUGAAAGGCUGACUUUGGGUGUAUUGCCCUUUUGAAAGUUUCAGAUUUUUUUUAAAGCCAACCAAUAUGUGGGCUGAGUGCUAUGCAAAUGUUAAUCCUUUAUAAAUGUAAAAAAUGAAUAUCUAGAAACUUCUCCAACCCUCUUCCCUACCCACCCAGCAAGAUGGCAUGGAGCGAGACUUAGACAGUUAAAUGUUCUUAACACCCAGCAGCUUCUGUAAUAAUGUAGGACUGCCCUCAGUCCAUGUAUGUGUCACUUAUUCACAGCUGUGUGUAAAAUGUGUAAGGUUUUUAGCUUGAUGUAAGUUUUGUCUGUUCUUUUUAGACUGGACCUUUAAAAAUGUUUACAAAUGUGUACACAGGAAGUACACCUUGGGAUCCAGUAGUGAUGAUGCAUCUUAGACAGGAUCUUCAGGGUCGUCAACCUUUUAAUUGUAAAUAAAUUCACUCAUAAUGCG